UGCCGCCCGCCGGGGGCCGGGGUCGGGGCUGCCCGGGCCAUGCGCGCGGGCUGGGUAGGGGGCCGGCGCGGCGCGAAGCGGAGUCGCCUCGGAGCCUGAGCCGCCCGGGGCCGGGGCCGGGGAACCGCGCGCGGCCGGCCGGGGGGGAGGGGAGCGAUGCGGCGCCGGCGGGCGGUCGUGGCCGCGGGUUUCUGUGCCUCCUUCCUGCUGGGCUCCGUUCUCAACGUGCUCUUCGCACCGGGCUCGGAGCCUCCGAGGCCAGGCCAGUCCCCGGGACCCUCGGCAGCCCCGGGCCCGGGCCGUCGCGGGGGCCGUGGGGAGCUAGCCCGGCAGAUCCGGGCGCGCUACGAGGAGGUGCAGCGCUAUUCCCGCGGGGAACCCGGACCUGGAGCCGGGCGGCCGGAGCGGAGGCGCCUGAUGGACCUGGCUCCGGGAGGGCUGGGCCUGCAGCGUCCCCGGCCCCCGCGGGCCCGGCCCCCGCCCGACGGCGCUCCGGGCUGGCCCCCUGCUCCUGGCCCGGGCUCCCCUGGUCCGGGCCCGCGCCUGGGCUGCGCCGCUCUCCGCAACGUGUCUGGCGCGCAGUACGUGGGCUCAGGCUACACUAAGGCUGUAUACCGGGUCCGCCUGCCCGGCGGCGCCGCGGUGGCGCUUAAAGCAGUGGACUUCAGCGGCCACGAUCUGGGCAGCUGCGUGCGGGAGUUCGGGGCACGAAGGGGCUGCUAUCGCCUGGCGGCCCACAAGCUGCUCAAGGAGAUGGUGCUGCUGGAGCGGCUGCGGCACCCCAACGUGCUGCAGCUCUAUGGCUAUUGCUACCAGGACAGUGAUGACAUCCCGGACACACUGACCACCAUCACAGAGCUUGGCGCCCCCGUGGAAAUGAUCCAGCUGUUACAGACUUCCUGGGAAGACCGAUUUCGAAUCUGCCUCAGCCUCGGCCGCCUCCUCCACCACCUAGCCCACUCCCCCCUGGGCUCAGUCACUCUGCUUGACUUCCGCCCUCGGCAGUUUGUGCUAGUGAAUGGUGAGCUGAAGGUGACAGACCUGGAUGAUGCCCGCGUGGAGGAGACACCGUGCUCCACUGUUGCUGACUGCAUCCUCGAGUUUCCAGCCAGGAACUUCACCCUGCCCUGCUCGGCCCAGGGCUGGUGUGAGGGCAUGAAUGAGAAACGGAACCUCUACAAUGCCUACAGGUUCUUCUUCACGUACCUCCUGCCCCAUAGUGCCCCUCCUUCCCUCCGGCCUCUGCUGGAUACCAUCGUCAAUGCCACAGGAGAGCUCACCUGGGGGGUGGAUGAGACCCUGGCCCAGCUGGAGAUGGUGCUGCACCUGUACCGGAGUGGGCAGUACCUGCAGAACGCCACAAGCAGCAGUGCCGAGUACCAGCGCAUUCCAGAUAGUACCAUCACCCAGGAGGACUACCGCUGCUGGCCGUCCUACCACCACGGCGGCUGCCUCCUGUCUGUGUUCAACCUGGCUGAGGCUGUAGAUGUGUGUGAGAGCCAUGCUCAGUGUCGUGCCUUUGUGGUCACCAACCAGACCACCUGGACAGGUCGGAAGCUGGUCUUUUUUAAGGCUGGAUGGAGCCAAGUGGUCCCUGAUGCCAGCAAGACCACAUAUGUGAAGGCAUCUGGCUGAUUGUGGGCUCAGCUGACCAUCUGGCAUCUUUGCCAGCUGGACUUGUCUGCUGCGGGGGUAACUUGCACUCAAGAUGUUGCGUUAUCACCUGGGAACCCCUGCAGACAAAACUGUCAUCCCAGACCAACUGAUGUGACCAGGACAAACGUGCAAUAUGCAAAGAUGUUAAAAUGUGAGCUUGCCAGCCUAGGUCUGAGACUGUUGCUCCCAGCCUGGGCAUCACUGGUUAGGAGCUGACUGCCUCUCCAGAGCUCUGGGCUGCGAGCGGGGCUCAGGCUAGUCUUAACUGGGACAGUUCCAUGGGCAGCCCCAUCGCUGCAUUCAUGGUUUGAGAAUGUAGCCAGAACGCUGCUGUUGCUGCUGCAUCAGCCACAGUAGGCAGGAGCUGCAUGGGGACAAUCAGCCACAGAGCAUGCUCUCAGCGCAGCUCCAACAGGGGAGCUGCGGGAUGGAUGCUCCAAGAUGGCGCGUGAACCAGUACCUGGGAAGGCUGUCUCUGGCCUCUCCCUAGAGGUUGCUCCUAGGCUAGCCCAGGGGUCAUGGGCAGUGGUGCACAUGUCCACAUGAGCCGAGACUAGGGUGGAAGAGCAGAUUGCAUUUGAGCCAGGACCUGGGAUGGGGGUAGGGUCGGAGCCUUUCUGCCUCAUUUGCUUUCAGUGAAAGCCACCAAGCAGCCAAAACCAGGCCCUCCCCUUCCUGGAGUUUGCAUUUCCAGAAGCUUUUGUACUUCUUGUUCAUUAAAUUGUUUAUUUUUGUAAAAAAAAAUAAUCAACUAAUAAAAUGGUGUUUCAUGACAAAUA